GCCGCAGCCGCUCGCAUCCAACGGUCUGACCCGACGCAGAGUGCCGUUCGCCUCGUUCGUCGGUGGCGGCGGUGGUGGUGGUGGUGAAGUUCUUCGUCGAGGAUUCUUGGGAUAGAUAUUUCUAUGGGCGGCCCGAGGGCGGGCAGCGAGGCGGCGGCGGGUGUGCGCCGGCAGUAGCGGCGCAGCAGGCGGCAGGGCGCCAUGCCGGGCGGCCGCCGGGGGCUGGUGGCCCCGCAGAACACCUUCCUCGAGAACAUCAUCCGCCGCUCCUCCAGCCAACACAGCAGCUUCCUGCUGGCCAACGCGCAAAUUGUCGACUACCCGAUCGUCUACUGCAACGAAACUUUCUGUAAGAUGAGCGGAUACAACAGAGCCGAAGUCAUGCAAAAGUCCUGCAGGUGUGCGUGGAUGUACGGCGAGCUGACGGAGAAGGAGGCGGUGGAGCGCGUGGACCGCGCGCUCGACCACCACCUCGCCGACCAGUUCGAGAUCCUGCUCUACAAGAAGAACCGCACGCCGCUGUGGCUGCUGGUACAGGUCGCGCCGAUCCGUAACGAGCGCGAGCUGGUGGUGCUGUUCCUGCUCACAUUCCGCGACAUCACGGCGCUCAAGCAGCCCAUCGACGCCGAUGACCCCAAGGGAGGUCUGUCCAAGUUCGCGAAGCUGGCGCGUAGCGUGACUCGCUCGCGGUCCGUGCUGGUGUCGGCGCUGCCGGCGCUCAAGGAACCGCAGCGACAGAGCCACCUCGCACACGUGAUGUCGCUGUCAGGCGACGUGCUGCCGCAGUACCGGCAGGAGGCGCCAAAGACGCCGCCGCACAUCCUGCUGCACUACUGCGCGUUCAAGGCUAUCUGGGACUGGAUCAUCCUGUGCCUCACUUUCUACACGGCCAUCAUGGUGCCGUACAACGUGGCCUUCAAGAACAAGACGAGUGAGGACGUGUCGCUGCUUGUCAUCGACUCCAUAGUGGACGUCGUGUUCUUUAUCGACAUCGUGCUCAACUUCCACACGACGUUCGUAGGGCCGGGUGGCGAAGUAGUCUCCGACCCGAAGAUCAUCCGCAAGAACUACUUCAAGUCGUGGUUCCUCAUAGACCUGCUCUCGUGCUUGCCGUACGACGUGUUCAACGCUUUCGACCACGACGAGGACGGCAUCGGCAGCUUGUUCAGCGCGCUGAAGGUGGUGCGGCUGCUGAGGCUAGGCCGCGUGGUUCGCAAGCUGGACCGCUACCUGGAGUACGGCGCCGCUAUGCUGAUCCUGCUGCUCUGCUUCUACAUGCUGGUGGCGCACUGGCUGGCCUGCGUGUGGUACAGCAUCGGCCGCUCUGACGCCGACUCCGGCUUGCAGUACUCGUGGCUCUGGAAGCUGGCCAACGUCACUCAGGCGCCAUACUCCUACGUGUGGUCCAACGAAUCCGACGGACCGGAGCUAGUAAACGGUCCGUCCCGUAAGACGAUGUACGUGACGGCGCUCUACUUCACCAUGACGUGCAUGACGUCCGUGGGCUUCGGCAACGUCGCCGCCGAGACCGAUAACGAGAAGAUCUUCACCAUCUGCAUGAUGAUCGUAGCAGCGCUGCUGUACGCGACAAUCUUCGGGCACGUGACAACCAUCAUCCAGCAGAUGACGUCCGCGACGGCCAAGUACCACGACAUGCUGAACAACGUGCGCGAGUUCAUGAAGCUGCACGAGGUGCCGAAGGCGCUGAGCGAGCGCGUCAUGGACUACGUGGUGUCCACGUGGGCGAUGACCAAGGGGCUCGACACGGACAAGGUGCUCAACUACUGCCCCAAAGACAUGAAGGCAGACAUCUGCGUGCACCUCAACCGCAAGGUGUUCAACGAGCACCCGGCGUUCCGGCUGGCGUCCGACGGCUGCUUGCGUGCGCUCGCCAUGCACUUCCACAUGUCGCAUUCGGCUCCGGGCGACCUGCUCUACCACACCGGCGAGUCCAUCGACUCGCUCUGCUUUAUCGUCACCGGCAGCCUCGAGGUCAUCCAGGACGACGAGGUGGUCGCCAUCCUCGGCAAAGGCGACGUGUUCGGGGACUCGUUCUGGAAGGACAGCGCCGUCGGCCAGUCCGCGGCUAACGUGCGCGCGCUCACCUACUGCGACCUGCACACGAUCAAACGCGAACGCCUGCUCGAGGUCCUCGACUUCUACCAGGCCUUCGCGAACAGCUUCGCGCGCAACCUCACGCUCACCUACAACCUCCGACAUCGACUCAUCUUUCGCAAGGUCGCGGACGUGCGGCGCGAGCGGGAGUUGAUGGAGCGACGGAAACGAGAGCCGGCGCUCGAACAGGCGCAGGACCACCUCGUCCGCAAGAUAUUCUCACGCUUCCGGCGCGAGCGCAGCGUGGCCGCGGCGCCGGCGCCGCCGCCCGCGCGGCCCGACGCCGACCCCGAGCGCGCGGACGCCGCGGCCGGCGCCGGCGCCGCGGCCGGCCGCGACGAGGGCGCGGGGGCGGGCGCGGCGCCCGCGGGGGCGGCGGGGGCGGCGCGAGGCAAGUGGGGGCGGCUGCUGGCGGGCGGCUCGCUGGACGCCGAGGCGGCGCCGCGCGCGGCCUUCACGCGCAGCCUGAGCGCGCGCGCCCCGGCCGCGCCGCCCGACCCCGCGCCCGUGGCCGAGCCGUCCACCGCGGCCCAGCCGCCGGCCGCUCUCCCGCUUAAGGUCGCUUUCGCGAAAGGUCGCGCGGCCAGUGCGCUCGCAGCCGGAGGCUCCCGGCAGGACACGAUCGAGGAGGAGCUGGACGAGCGGCGGCCGGUGGCCGUGCCCGCCGCCGCCAGCGCCGUGGCGGCCGCGGCCAGCGCCGCCGCGGCGGCCACGGCGGCCGCGUCGCACGCGUCACACGAGGCCGCGUUAGCGGAAUUACGUCGCGAUGUGCGAAAUGAAGUGCAGCGAAUGCAGCAAAAGCUGGGGCGAGUGGAGGAGUUACUGACGGCGCUGGCGGCGCGGCUGGGCGCCGAGCCGAGCGAGCCCGCCGCCCCCGCGCCGGGCCCCCCCCCCCCCCCGGCCCCCGCCCCCACCCCGGCCCCCGCGGCCGCCGCCCCGCCGGCCGGGGACGAGCCCGCCAGGCCCGUUGACUUCGCCGCGCUCGCGCGCAAGAGACGGUCCAAGGUGCGGAGUAAAGGAGCAGCGCCACAAGUGCCGACGCCGACGACGCCCGGCUCGGCGCCGGGCAGCCCGCCGGGCGGCGGGGGCGGCGCGGGCGCAGCGGGGUCGGCGGCGGCGCGCCGGCGCGACCGGCGACCGCACCUCGCGGGCGCGGCUCCUCCGAGCAAGGCGCCGGAACCACCGACGAACACGAACGUGUCGAUCGACGGACCGAGCGAUGGGCGACCCUUACUGUAA